UCAAAUCACAUUGCGCGGAGGGGCGGAGAGAUUCUUUAUUGCCCUGUUUGUGCGCAUGAGCAACAUAUUAUUGCCUUCAUUGAUAAAAAUCCUUUGUGUUAACAUUUCCUCAUCAAAUCUCACUGUCGCUUUUGGCGCGUUUCAUCACUUCAUACGUCAUCUGGAAAAUCGGCAAUGGCAUCACGUGCGGGCCCAAGAGCUGCAGGGACUGAUGGGAGUGAUUUUAAACAUAGAGAGAAAGUGGCUUCUCACUAUCAGAUGAGUGCUUCACUGAAAUCAGAGAUAAAGAAGCUCACCGUAGUGCAUUUCUUCAUAUGGAUACUGGUGGCGGCUCAGGUGGCUGUUAGUCAUCUCAAUCUGGUGUCACAUGAUCUGGUGGCCAUGCCCUAUCAGUGGGAGUAUCCAUACCUUUUGAGUCUCCUGCCCUCGUUUAUUGGAGCCCUGGCCUUGCCAAAGAACAACAUCAGCUAUCUGGUGAUCUCCAUGAUCAGUGCUGGUUUGUUCUCAGUGGCACCCUUGAUUUUUGGUGCAAUGGAAAUGUUUCCACUGGCCCAGCAGCUGUACCGACAUGGAAAAGUUUACCGGUUUAUCUUUGGUUUCUCGGCCGUAUCUGUGAUGUAUCUACUCAUGGUGAUCGCUAUUCAGGUGCACGCAUGGCAAAUCUACUACAGCAAGAAGCUUCUAGAUGCCUGGUUCAACUCAACACAAGAGAAGAAGAAGAAAUAAACAUGCUGUUGUAUACUUGAAUUUGUCUCAGUCUCAGUUGUUACUGUACUAUGCAUGCAAUUAUUAUAAAUGUUUAAAUAUUUACAAUUUAAAUGUACAUUUGUAAGCUAACAAAGCUUAAUAUCUGGACUUUUUACAUUUAUUCACAUAUGUUAAAAUUAUGUUUACCUUUUUAAAUUGUUUACCUUUUUUAGUUUU